AAAGCACACCCACUUUGGCUGCCCCCCACGGUCGAGGCAAAUAUGGUCGGGAGGACCAGAGCAGACUAGACCCAGCCGCCCCCCACAAACCAGGUCCUGACGCAGAUUAGCCCUACGUAAUGUGGCAGUCUGGAUAGGGAUUGAAUGUGUCGUAAACUAGAGGCAAUCGUUGGAGAAGUGUCCCAUGGACUGUCACCAGAAACCGGAUUACAGUGGACAUAUCGACAACCAUGGCCUCUACGCCCUCCGCCUCUGCCCUGUCUGCUGUCGUCCGGUGUCGGGGGAAUAUCCUCACCAGGAACCCACCGACCAAGCGGCCUGCCGCCUCGGCGUACAGCCUCGGUCUGGCCGGCGGGGCCCUGCGAGAGUCGACAAGUGAGCGCACCCGGUCCAACCAGGCUUCAACGUGGGAAACUUUCCUCCAAGGAGAGCGCGUCGUGGUGGGGAAGGGACUGGCAGUGGCAGUGGCAUACAAAUCAACCCACAAAACACCGAGAAAGAAAGGCGACUGGGAGACAUGUUGCCGUGACCCAAAACUUUCGCAAUCAAGAGUGUGCGCCCCAAAGGACGCGCACUCUGCUGCGCCAGGUGCCCAAAACGCACUGGCGCGCCCGGCAAAGCGCAAAUUGACACGCAGUUUACCCGGAAUAUACCAGUGCUCUCAGUUAAUUCGACUGAUUAAACAGGAGGCUUCUGCGGCGCACCUCUGUAAAGCACUAUUUUACCAGAAUUUCACUGAACUCCCACCUGGUGUCCUGAAAGUGUCCAUAAUUUACCCGGUUUCGAGGGCGAGUGGUGGACAAAUAGCCUUUUUCUUGUUGAGCGGGUGGUCGACACUGAAAAGUACCUGCUUAUCUCUGACUGCUCUUGUGUCAGAAUUAAUGUUUUUGAAAGUGGGAGGACUGUGGAGGUCCAGGAGCAGCAGUGAUGAUGCGCCAGAGCCUCAUACAGCGGAACAGGACAUGAACAUGAAAAAUAUAGAACAUGGUGCCCUGCAGGUAAAUGGAGACACACCAAGUCCCACUGACCGUAGCCAUGAGGACAACUCCAAUUCAGGACAAGAGAUCACAGAGGACAGGCCUGACUGAGGGAGUCCAAGGCCGCAGCACCGAAAAUAACUCUAUUUAUUGACUUUUACGUGGCUUUCGCAAAGCAUCUGAACUUCAACCCCUUAAUAUCUAAAUCUAAACAGUGUUUUGGUUGUUUUUGGAAGAUGUUUUGAAGGCAUAAGGGGGUGACAGGCACCAUAGUAGCCUAUCACUGAAAACUUGCAACAUUUCCAGACUUUCCUUCUUUCUUGUAAAAUGAGCAAAAACUGAGGUCCUGCCAGGAAGAGGUGAAAUUUAUUUAUUAGAUUGUUUUUCCACGUCACCCCUCUGGAUGAUGAUUUUUUUUUCAUGCAACCAAAAUAUACUUGCCUCUUGUCCCUUAAGAUUGAUGUAAUUUGCAUGUACUUGUCUGCAACCUAUCCAGAAAAAAAAAUCUUACAUCGAAUUA